AUGGUUCUUUCUUUCAUACACAAUGUUCAAGCUCCGGACACUGGAGCAAAUACCAUGACAGAAUUGCCCCAACCUCUUCAUCCAAACAAGGUGGUUGUAAUAGUAGCUCUAAGCCUUAUGUUUUCCAUAACAUUUCUCUUAGCUGUCUAUGUAAGGUUUUGUAGACGUAAUGAACUUAUGCUCAUAAAUGGUCAUCAUUUACCGAUUUUUCAAGGACUAACUCGGUCAAGGUCACCAAGUGUUUCAGGGUUAGACAAACAAGUAAUUGAAACACUCCCAUUUUUCAAGUUUUCUUCACUCAAGGGAUCCAAGCAUGGCCUAGAAUGUAUCGUUUGCUUGUCACAAUUUGAGGACACUGAGACACUAAGACUAUUGCCAAAGUGCAAGCAUGCUUUUCACAUGAACUGCAUUGACAAGUGGCUUGAAAAUCAUUCUAGUUGCCCUCUUUGCAGGAACAGUAUUGACCCUGAGGAUAUCAAGAACUUCAAUUACUCUAUCAGCUCAAGGUUCCUUCGAGUUCCUUCAAAUUUAACAGAGGAUACAAAUCUUGAAAUCUUUGUCCAAAGGGUGCCAUCCCAGAGAGGCUCAUCAAGAUUUAAUAUUGGAAGCAGCUUUUUUGAUGUGGGCAAGAGCAACAAAGAAGAACUUCUCACUGAGCAAGAAGUUGAUGGUGUAAAUUGGAAGCUCGUGCACAAGUUCAAUCACAAAAUUGUUGUCUCUGGUGUUGUUACAAGGAGCAGGUGGAGUGAUCUUAAUUCUUCAGAUAUGCUUUUCUUGAAUAGUGAGAUGCUUAAUGACAUGUCAAACACAAGAUUCUCUCCCUUGGAAUCGACCAACAGUGAGAGGUUUCGUGGAGGUUCUAGUAGCAUCCACUCUACUUUCAAUGAGGAUGAAAAUUCAUUUACGUUAAUGAAUCCUGUUGAGAAGAGAUCCAUGUCUGAGAUUGCUUAUGUUCCAAGGUUCGCUGAAAUCAGCAAGCAGAAUAGAAUUAAAGAAGCUGUAACAUCUAGUGGGAACAUUGGAAGGGAAGAGAGAUUGAGGAGGACUUGGUUGCCAAUUGCUCAGCGAACAGUUCAAUGGUUUUCAAGAGAAUUUGAACACAAACGUUUAGCUUCAAAUGUUUGA